AAGCGCCAUCGAGCUGCCAACAGGACGCCGAGCUGCAUUCCCAUCAUUCGCAGCAGAGAGGGAAGCAUCAUCCUCUUCAUCAUCAGCAUCAUCAGCAUUAUCAUCAUCGUCGUCCUGCUUGCAUCCCGCCCGCCCGCCUUGGAAGCAAGACACACGUCGACACCUUCCCCCCCCUCUACUCCUCGAUCAUCCACUUUGAGAACCCGCACCACAAACAAGUGGCAACAUGUCAGCUGGAGGAGAUUUGGGGAACCCCCUGCGGAAAUUUAAACUGGUCUUUUUGGGAGAACAGAGCGUGGGCAAAACGUCUCUCAUCACCAGAUUCAUGUAUGAUAGUUUUGACAACACGUACCAGGCCACCAUUGGGAUUGACUUUCUAUCAAAGACCAUGUACCUAGAGGACCGAACAGUGAGGCUGCAACUGUGGGACACGGCCGGACAAGAGCGUUUUCGAAGCCUCAUUCCGAGCUACAUACGAGACUCCACCGUGGCCGUGGUGGUCUACGACAUAACAAACGUUAAUUCGUUCCAGCAGACCUGCAAAUGGAUCGAUGACGUCCGGACCGAGAGAGGGAGUGAUGUCAUUAUCAUGCUAGUGGGUAACAAGACAGACCUGGAGGAAAAAAGGCAAAUCACCAUCGAGGAGGGAGAGCAGAGAGCCAAAGAGCUUAACGUCAUGUUCAUCGAGACCAGCGCCAAGACGGGCUGCAAUGUCAAACAGCUGUUUCGUCGUGUGGCAGCAGCUCUUCCCGGAAUGGAGAGCCUGGAUGACGCCAAUCCUGAAGGCAUGAUCGACAUCAAGCUGGACAAACCGGCAGAGCCGAGUGUCCCCGAGGGUGGGUGCUCGUGUUAAUGCCAAGCUGCGAUUGGCCGCAGCUCCCUUCAUGCCAUAGGCUUGUUGUGUUGCUUAAACUACUUCUUGGUUAGCCUACAGUUGACUCUCGGCUCUAAUUGGAUAUACUAUCGGAUGUAUCUGAUUGGACAAAUCAAACGUUCUCUCGCAAUCAGUCGUUCAGUUGUAAAAUAUUGUAUACUUUGUCAAUACGUAUGUGAUGGGAGGACAUGAAAGAAAAAGGAAGACAAAAACUGCAAAGGGAGACACUUUCUUUUGGCUGUUAUGUUUUGUAUUUUUUAUAAAUAUAUGUAUAUGUAUAAACAGGGAAAGCACCAAAAAUGAUGCCUAAGCAUAAAAAAGGGAGUUUUCAGCAAGGGGUGUUGCUCAGCCAUUCCCCACGAAAAUGGUCGAACAUGUCUGAAUGUCUGCAGCACGCAUGCACGCUGAUCUAUUUUGUUUUCUUUUUCUUCUGAUCCAUUUUUCCCAACCUGCCCUAACCGCUCUCGGAAUGUUUUCUAGCAUCGCUCUCUCUCGAGUGUUCUCACAUCUUCACACAACAACUUCCUGUAGGCUCACAUAACAAUAGCUGUGAAAACGUGGCACUCUCUAGCUCUCGUUGGGUUCAACUUUUAUAGAAACAAAUUGUACUGUGCAUUGAAACAAGUUAAUAAUAUGAAUAAUGUACAAAAAAAGACAAGUUCCCUUUCCAAGCUGUCCUCUAUCCGCUUAAUUCCUAGUCCUUCCCUGCCCUCCCCUCCCCCUCCCGGAAAAAGACAUAUAAUGAUCCACUGUAAUGCACUGCACUGUAUAUAAUAAUGUAAUAUGUAUGUUGUGAACGUUCUCUGUGUACAAGUGGUCCUUGUUCACCAGUAUGAAUAAUGUAAUACUGUUUCAUGAUUAAUAAAUGACAGAUUAAAGGGCUUCACUCUCCUAACUGGCAACAAUUACGAAAUAGAUUUCCUGGGAUUCAAUGCACUUUUUAAAAUGAUGUGAAUAAGACUUAAACUUUUAAAAAUAUAUUUUAAUUUAUUCAAUUUGUCUUUUGUUUUGAUUAUUUUUUAAAUUGUGAUUUCCGGCAAAUUUCCUUGCUUUUGCUGCAGCCUUGGGAAAGGACGAGUUGGAGUUGCAUCUACAAUCGUGGAUAGACGUGGAUUUAUUUUUAUUUUGUAUCAAAUGUUUUAUUUGUUAUAUUUUUCAAAGAAUUUACAUUCUAACAUAUUUUUUUAUGGCCAGUCAUGUUCAUAAUCACCUGUGAACUGGAGCCACGCCUGCUGAGCUGAUUUUACUGAACUAUUUUUCUUUUGUUAUUAUUAUUAAUGCUGUUUAAUGUUUAAUUUCAAUUUUAUGGAAUUUUGUCUGCAAUGCUUAUUUUAUUUUCUCUUGUUUAAUAUUUAUUUUGCUUUUAAUAUAGUGUAUUUUUCUAUGUUUUUUCUUAUUUAAUUUUAAUGUUUUGUAAAACUAUUUUUAAAAAUUUUUUUAUUCAUCUUUAUGCAUGUAUGAACUCUUCUGUUCGCAUCACCUCUUCACGCAUGUUUGCUACAUAUGCAGGCGUUAUUUCUUCUAUUUAAUGUUUAAUCAUAUCAAACAAUAAAAUAUCUCCA